UUAUUAUGAACUGGUCUCCUAUCGGUUUUUCAAUGAUCAGCAAUCUUUCUCCAUAAAAAAAGGGGGGUAUUUCCAUUCCACCAUCUGCCAGAAUUUUGGUGAAUUUCCUGGUUAUGGAUUCCAUGCAUAGCCGGAGUGCAAAUGAACUGUUGCAAGCUCAAGUUCAUUUGUAUAAUCACAUAUUUAACUACAUCAAUUCUAUGUCACUCAAGUGCGCAGUUCAGCUGGGCAUACCAGACAUAAUUCACAACCAUGGCAAACCCAUCACCCUUCCUGAGCUCGUCUCAGCACUUGGCAUCCACCCAACCAAAACCUGUUUUGUCUACCGGUUCAUGCGCAUGCUGGUGUUCUCUGGAUUCUUUUCUACCACAAAAGCUCCUAAUGCUCAAGAAGAAGGACAAGAAGCUUAUGUUCUAACAUCAUCUUCUAAGCUCCUUGUCAAGGAUAACCCCAAUUGCUUGACACCCUUCGUUAAUUCAUUGCUUAAGCCAGAUUUUGUAACUCUAGGGCAUGUCUUGGGAGAUUGGUUUCGAGGCAACGAGGUCACAGUAUUUGAGAAAGCACAUGGAAUGGCAUUUUGGGAAUAUAAUGAUAGAAACCCUGAAUUUAACCAGCUUUUUAAUGAAGCAAUGGCCAGUGAUUCUCAGAUGAUGAAUUUGGUCAUUAGAGACUGCAAGGCAAUUUUUGAAGGGGUGAAUUCAUUGGUUGAUGUGGGAGGCGGUAAUGGAUCCUUGGCCAGGAUCAUAUCAGAGGCAUUCCCUCGUAUGAAAUGCACUGUUCUUGAAAUUCCUCAGGUCAUUGCCAAUUUAGAAGGCACUAAGAACUUGAAUUAUGUUGGAGGUGAUAUGUUUCAGCACGUCCCUGCUGCAGAUGCCAUCAUACUUAAGUUAAUUUUGCACGGUUGGAGUGAUGAGGAAUGCCUGAAAAUACUGAAGAAAUGCAAAGAAGCCAUUUCUAGCAAAGGAAAGGGAGGAAAGGUGAUUGUCAUAGACUUGGUGAUAAAUGAGAAGAAAGAUGAAGAUGAAUUGACAGAAACAAAGCUACUCUUUGACAUGCUGAUGAUGUAUGUGACUACCGGAAGAGAAAGAACGGAGAAAGAAUGGGAAGAGCUAUUCUUGAAGGCCGGUUUCAGUCACUACAAGAUAACACCCGUACUUGGUUUAAGGUCCCUAAUUGAAGUUUAUCCUUGAGAGUGCAGGAACCAUGUAUCAGAAUCUUGAUAAGAUUGUUGAAUAAAAUUUAUCCGCUUAAUUAGGCAAGGCACGGCUGUGAUGUUAAGCCAAGAUGCUGAACUUGUGUUGUUCUUGAAAUUUUCUUUUCCCUGAGUAAUUAAGAAUAAAAUAUUAGUCAAAUUGCAAUA